AUGGUGGAAUCUCGUUUCACUUUAGAAUACAAUCAAACAAACUUACUCUCUACUUCACACAAAAUCUGGUCGUUGUUGAAUUUUGUAGCAUUCUUAGCUCACAUGGAUAAUUCUAAUCGAAAACCUCAAAUCCCCAAUAUAACUCUCACGCCACCUGGGGACAAAGGUCAAAAUCCCCGAGGCCCGUAUUGUACAAAUGCUUGCAAAAAUUGUCAUAGGCGAAAAAAAAAAUGCGUUCGCUAUGCAGGAGUCUAUCCUUGUGAAAACUGCUUAAAGAAUGAUGAAGAGUGUGUGAUCAGGCAGAGACAAAGACCAGGUCCAAAAUCAAAAAAUGAUCAUGACCCUAUUUUUCAAUUAACCGAUGGAAUGCUACAGAACACCAACUUCCAACAACAAAGAAAUAAUAUUCGUCGAGCCUCUUCUCAUGGUGAUCUUCACAGAGAGCUGGUACAAGAUAAUGAACUCAUGAUUACGACUCCAGAAAUAAGACGAAACUCAGAAGGAAAUCUUCAAUACUGGUGUCACUCGGCUUAUUCAUUUGGUGAUAUCAUGAAUUUGUCGCCGAAUCCUCUGGAUAAUAUUGUGCCUUAUGAUAUACCAGGUUUUUCUCCGAUAAUUUCUCCGGGUGAUACUCCAUCCCUAAUUUUUGAUAAUAUGAUUUCUGGAUAUGUUUCCGACAAUAUAGAAUAUAGCAACUUGAAUUCACCUUAUUCAGACAUCCAAGCUCCCCCAUCACCAUCUUCGAUGACAAACGAAGAGAACCAGACGGAUGGAUUAAAUAUAUAUGAACCUAGCAUUGAAAAUUUGGACUAUUAUGAGUGA